AUGAAGAAAGUGUCGCAGGGUUAUUUCGAUGAGACAGUAAAGUCGAAUAUGGAAUUGUUCGACCUGUCAGUAGACGAAGCUAUAGCAGAAUCCGUUCAGACGUUUGCAUUAGAGGGUGUGGAUCUCUCCGAUAUUGUGAAGGAUAUGAUCAAGUAUGAAAACGGCCAUCCGAGUGCCCUAGCCAUCAAAAGACUUCAAAGGUUUUUAGAAGUUGACCAUGAAACUCCUCAGUUGUUGGAAGCCUUGCAAUCCCUACAGCUACCAGGGAACUCCGACAUUGCUGUCCGCAAAUUGCUAAUCGAUAUGAACUCUGUAGAUAUCUUAUUAAACCUUUUUGAUCUGUACACUCCAGUUGGAGACUAUUAUCUAUGUACGUCACUGUUGAAUGUGUUGUCCAGAAUAAUCAAAGGCCAUUCCGAAUCUGUUGGAGAAAAACAUAUCCAAAAGUUAAUAAAUUCACUUUUCAAAUUAAUUGAUGAAUUGGAAGAAAACCCAUCUACCGAUUUAAAAUUCAGUUUGAUUGCUGCAGUCUACUCAGUGUUACACCUUAGUUGCACGAAAAAUGAAAGGAAUAGAACUUUUAUUUCCCAAACUCAAACUGUUGCUCGGACCAUAAAUUUUUUCAUGAGAAUUGUAGAAUUGUUUGACAAUCUCCCUUUUAAUACUUUUUAUCCUGCAUUAAAAGAAGGAUGUGGAUUCCUACGAUCACUAACCCUCGAUGAUGAUUUAGACGUUGAAUUCGGUCUAGGAAGUGAAAAUGCUCGUACUAUAGCUAAAAGUGACUCGUGUUUAGAAGUGUUUGUCAAGUUGAUAUCAAGGAUUUUGAACUCUGCAAAUGUCAGUGGAAUUUCUGACCUAUUUCAGACAUUAUCAACUAUAAUUACUCGCGAGGAUUUGUGCACAAAAUUCGCAUCACUUAACGGCAUCGAUAUACUAAUGCAAACUCUAUAUUAUAAUAUAAAGUCAACUGUUAUUGUUUCGUCUUCAUUGGUCCUUUUACAAGCGCUAUGUGGUUCAGAUGCUUGUAAACUAUCUGUUAGUAAUUGGUCAAUCCAUAGUAUUUCCGGACCUCAGCUUAUUGUAGAUAUAUUUGAAGACCAUAUAAAAAGUCCUGUUGUUACAAAAUAUAUCUCAGGUACGCUCGAGUUUCAUUCAUCCAAUCCCUCAACUGUUCGAGCCGCAUGUAGAGCUAUACGUAACUGUGUCUCACGAUCUCCAGAAUUACGGUCUUCGUUUCUGACAUCCGAUUCUGGCACUGACACUGGUUUAGAAAAACUGCUCAAUUCUGCAUUAAAAAUCCCAUCAUGUUGUGAUGAAGCUAAAGCAGCUCUUCGGGACUUGAACUGCAAGAGAGCGGGGCUUACGAACGUUUUAAUGGAUGUUGAGUCGCCAGAGUCCGAACAGUUGUCAGUCGAGGAAUACAAAAACCAAGGAAACUCAUGUUAUAAACAAGGGAUGUACAAUGAAGCUAUAGAAUGGUACACAAAAGGCAUAGAAAUCGAUAGUACCAAUGUGUUUCUGUACAAUAACCGCUCCGCAGCUUACCUGAUGAUUAAUAAACCUCUUGAUGCCUAUAAAGAUGCUAGCAGAAGUAUCAGUUUAGAUUCCCAGAAUGUAAAAUCUAUACUACGUUGCUUAAAAUGUUGUCUUAUUUUGGGUGAUUUAAAUGAAGCCAAACGUCUGUGUUCUAUGGUUAGACAGUUAGAACCAACUAAUACGGAAUUUUCGUCAUUGCUGCAAAAAAUUGAAUUACUAUCAGAAACUCACCGAUCUUAUGAAGAUAAAUUAUCCACAUCUGACUUCCGACACGCGCUUCAUUUAAUCACAAAGUGUAUUGAAUUAGCUCCAGCUUCACUAAGUUUCAAUUUACAAAAGCUGCACAUCCUCAUUCAAUUAAAACGAUUCAGUGAAGCCAAGAUUCUGGUGGAAAACUUAUUGCAUUCCCAUUCUUCAUCAGUUGAUCUACUCUUUUAUCGAGGCCUGUGCUUGUACUAUUUGGAUCAUUUAGAUAAAGCAAUUGUUCAUUUUCAACAUGUUCUACGCCUUCAUCCAGAUCAUAUAGAAACUCAGAAAGUGUACAAGCGUGCCAAAAAUCUCUUGAAAUUUAAAGAAGAAGGAAACACAUUUAUACGUGAUCACAAGUAUUCUCAAGCACUUGAAGCCUACACAAAAGCUUUGGAAGUGGAUCCUUCACACGAUAUGAUUAACGCAAAAUUGUAUUGUAACCGUGCUUGUGCUCUAUUUUACCUUGAUCGUUUCGAUGAAGCACUAAACGAUUGUGAUAAUGCAAUUUCUUUGGAACCAAACUAUUUAAAGGCUCGAAUUCGACGAGCUAGGUGUUAUUCAUCUCUUGAAGAAUAUGAAAAAGCAGUUGAAGAAUGGACUGCAGUAGUAAAAUUAGACGGGUCACAAGAAAAUAAAAAAUCUUUACAGGCUGCUAAAUCUGCUCUUUCUGUGUCUCAACGUGAUUACUAUAAAAUACUUGGUUUGAAAAAGAAUGCCUCUUCCGAUGAUAUAAAACAAGCGUAUAGAAAAAGUGCACUUCUAUAUCAUCCAGCUUAAUUCAAGCUAGUUUAUGAAAAUCAGAAUCCUUCAGAGUUACAAUCAAUUAUAGAACAUUCAAGUAUUGUAUUGUAUGUAUUUCGAAAUCAUAUUCUGAAUUCAUGAGAAUAAUCCUUUUUUGAGAUCAUAAUUUAGGUGGUGUUUUCUAGUUCAGCUAACAACUAUUUUCUCAUAACGUUUACAGUCCCUUUUUAGUGUAUACAACUCGUAAGAUUUUUUUGAGUGAAAGGGAGUAAUUAUUUAUUGCCUGUUUUCUUCAUAUUUUUCUUGUUUGAAAACCCUGUUAACUUAGUUUUUUUUUCUUGCUAAGUUUAUUCGGUCUGUGCAAUUUCUGACCAGAUUUUAGUUUUUAAAUUGCUUACAUUUGGGUCAUGUACUCAAGAAAUCGGCUUAACUAAAAUGGUGAUACUGAAUAAUUUCAAAUAUAUAUUACUAAUUUUUACUGACUUUUCAAACUAAUUUCACUAAUACAAAGUAAGGCAUUUGACUUCUAUACUCAAUUGACUUCGACGACAACUGUAUGGGAUCACAUUCGUUACAUUAGCUGUUUAUGAACAGAUCAAUUGAUAGCUAGAUAUUUGUUUAUCAAAAAUUUUGCUUAUAUUCAGCAAUUUGAUGUGUUUUAAAGAAUCCUACAAAAUUGAUGAGAUAUAAUUAAAUAACAGCUUAGGAUUUGUCUGUUACAGAUAGAUUAACAAAAUAUGAGCGCCUAUGGAAUCCUAACAAACAGCUUUAAGGCUAGUAAAUUUGAUGUCUUCCUAAUAAAAGAAUUUUUAAAUCUGGAAGGUCAAUUUAUGUGUUUAGAGAAUAGACACAAUUUACAAAUAUACAUAUAAAUAUCUUUGUAUUCACUCUACAUACAUCCUCUAUGUGGUUUUCUGUAAUUUACCGCUUGGUCCUAAAUUAUUAAUACACUCAAGAUACCUUUAAAAAUAUCUGGUUAACACUUCAUUAUAUUUUUGUUUAACUUUCACUAGCAAACAAUAUAUAUUUAAAAUCCCUAUCUACUGAGGUUUAAAAUCUAUUAGCCUUUCAUGCUGCGAGAUUAUGGUAACUCAUCUAUUGACAAUUAGUUCUCAUCAUUUAUUUAUUUAUUUGAACACAUAAAUAUUGGUACAAGGGGGCACCAAGUAUAUAUGUACUACACAGUUCUCAUCAUAGAAUAAAAACUAGAAGUAUUUCUAACUUAAUUAAUCUUAAUGUGACAUUUAUACUUUUAUUUAGAUAUUUUAUUUUUUCCAAUUAACGACUAUCUAUCUGAUUUUAUGUACCUUGUUCUACAUCCUACUAACUCUCUGUAAUCUCUGUCCUGUAUAAUAUCAAUUCAUUAAUAUAUAAUAGUUGGAUUAUUUGAUUUUCUGUUAAUAUAUCUUUAACAUCACCAGUUAGUUAGCGAUUGUUCCAGUUAAUCAUGUCAUAAAGGUCAUAUUCUUUUCUUUUUCAAAACAAGUGAUAAGUUCAUUCUUUAACACAUAUCAAGGAUUCGAAUAAACUUAAUCAUAGUAUUGAAGGUGAAUGCUUUAUAAAGAUAAAGUUUGUUGUUGUUCGUAGUUUAAAGAACUUUUAUUAUUCCAAAUAGCUAUUCAUUUAAGUUGUGCCUUUCCUACGCAACAUUUAUAUGAACCGUGUGAUUAGGUUUCUAGGAAAGCUUGAUUAGAAAUAUAUUUUGGAUUAGUUCAUCACAUUUAUGACAUCUUCAUGACUCAGACAUUCCUGUGUAUGUCCCCUUUUAGACCGCUCUGUGCAGUAUUUUGUCCUUAGAAAUCGUGAACACCUGUAACUUAUAUCACUACUUUUUCUACCGUUACAUGCAUACAGCAACAUCACUUCGUAAACGGUACUAAGGUUUAAUAAUGUUUAUGGUAUUAAAACAGAUUCAAUAACAGGUUUUAUUAACUAUUCUUAUGUCAUCUAUGGUAGAAAUGUCAUUGUUGUGGUUGACCAAUAGAUUCGCUUAGUAAGAAUUCAAAAUUUCCGUGUGAUUAUUUUCAUUCUUUAUGAUCGUUACGAUUGUCUAAUUUUCCAUUCAUUUUAUGUAUGCGUUAUUCCAUUUUGUCAUUUUACAUGUAACAUUUCUUAAUGAUAACUGUAGCGAUUAAAAUUUUUCGUUCAGAUUUAUCAAAGUCAAUUAUUAUUUAUAGAUUUAAAUAAAAACCCAUCAUAGUCCCAAUCAUCAAAAUUCCAUUAGCUCUGUUAGCUGACAUUUUACACAUAUUUGAAAAGUUACACUUUUCGAACAUAACAGUUUGGUGAUUAAUUUAAUGUAUUAACCGACACGACAUGGAUAAAUAAUGACUUCAUCAAAAUCCCUUUCUUUUCGUAUACAAUUCUAGAUCGUCAUACAAGUGCCGAUGAAGCUACUUUAAAAGAAAAGGAACGGAAGUUUAAAGAGAUUGGAGAAGCCUACAGUAUAUUAUCAGAUCCUGUAAAACGUCGUCAAUAUGAUAAUGGUGAACUGUCGGGAGAUGAUGUUUUUGGUCAAGGAAAUGUAUCCGCUCACAAUUUGUUUACUCAAGUCUUUCCUGGAUUUGGAACAUCUACAGUACAUUUUUAUUUUGGUUAAUAUUCCACACAUUGGUGUAUACAGUUAAUGCCGGAGUUAAUAUUCAUUGGGUUGUAGUUGUAAUAAACCUUCCUCUCUGUUUAUGUACAAAAAUUUGGCGACGAAAUAUAUUGUUUAUUUAUCAGAUAUCUUCAUGGUUAAUACUUUAUCUCUGUUUGACACAUAGAUGUUGAUAUCAAUACUUAUGUGAGUGUCUGUGUGUGUGUGUGUGUGUGUGUGAACAAUUUUAAAUCGAUGAUUAAUGUAAUGUCGAAAAUGAUUCACCGGGUAUAUUAUUUAAUUUUAAAUGCUCUUUUAAUUCAUGCAUAUUGAAUUUAUAUUCAAUGUGCAUAUACAUACAUAUAUAUUAGAAAUUUUCCUCGAUAAUAUUAGUGAAUAUAUAUGUAUUGAAUAAAACAGUCAUUUUCAGAUGUAUUGUCAAACUAGUUAAUGUUCGUCAUUUUCUCUUAAAAAUGAUUUUCAAUGAUAAAGUGAUUAACUUAAUGCUGUUAGAAUGAUUUUAUUCA